AUGAAUAUCAUAGAAUUCGUGAAUAAUAAUAUCAAUAACACGACCUGUGAAUUCAAACAAGAAAUCGCCAAGCUUUUGGAAGCCUUUAUUACGGAUGGAAACUUGGUCUACCCUAUUUCGGAUCCGAAAACAAUGUACGGGAACUUAUUAUACAAGGAUAGGCCAAAUCCUAGAGUUAAAACCACAAACAUGAGAAAUAUAUUAAGAUACUUUGUAUCUCGAACCCGAACUACGAAUAAUGGAAAUGCUGUCAGCAAGGCCACGGACAUGUUGAUGGGAGCUGCUACUACGCAACAAAAGUUUUAUUACAAAAAUUUGUCUGAUGAAGUGAAUAAAAUAAUCAAAAAUCGUCGAUAA